AUGUCUUCGCCAGUGGCCAAGGCCGCUCGCCGCGUCACGACUGAGCUUCGAGGCGUUGUCGUCUCUGCUGGUCUUAUGGAAAAGACUGUCAAGGUCAGAGUAGGCGGCCAGAAGUGGAAUAAGACCGUCAACAAGUGGUUCGCCGACCCCAAACACUAUCUAGUCCACGAUCCGAACUCGUCCCUACGAACAGGCGAUAUCGUUUCCAUCGCCCCUGGAUGGCCAACUUCUCAGCACAAGCGUCACGUCAUCAAGGAAAUAAUUGCGCCUUACGGCGUUCCUGCCAGCGAGCGUCCACCUGUGCCCACAUUGGAGGAAAGGAUAGCGGAUUAUGAGGCUAAGAAGGCUGCCAAAGAUGAGCGGAGGGCAGACAGGCGACAAGAAGAGGAGAACAAAAGACGAGAAGAAAAGCGGCUGGUAAACGAAAAGAAGGAAGCCAAACGUCAGGCUUGGGAGGAGGCCCAACAAAAACACAAAUUGGACACCUCGACGAGCGACGUGGACUGA